GCUCGUUACAGUAAGUGGUGCUCGCGGCGACUCACUCCGCCAAACCCAAAGUAUCUGCAUUAGUCGCAGUAUGUAAAACGUCACUCAAAAACCAAGCUGCUCAUAGAAAUGUGCGAACUUGCAAUAUAUUGAUCAGUGAUAUCCAUCAGUAUAUUUGAACCCAGGAAUAGAAACGGAUUGAAACGAGGCACAUGGGGCCGAAUUUUGCGAAGAACCCCAUUUUUAAUACAAUGGAUAUUAUCAAAGAAAAUUUAAAUAACAUCACAGAUAUUAGUUUCAAGAAACCUGAAGGGAAACUCAAAACUUUAAACUUAAUUCCUAACAGUGUACAUCUUGUGGUAAUAAGCAAAUUAUCCAUCCCAAAAAUUAUUCGUGUAAACUUACCACAUCGUCCAAAAAAUCUAUCUAUCUGUUUGAUAGUUAAAGAUUUUCGCAAAGAUGAUUAUGAACGCACUACAGAAUCUUGGAAACGGCGUUGGAACAUGGAUUUGAAAAAGUCCGAACUUUCUCACUUAGACGCACCUGAAGUGACAUUUUUACCUCUGCGGGAACUAAAAGUAGCUUACCAAACUUUUGCUGCCAAACGUCGACUGGCUGCCACUUUUGAUAUAUUUCUUGCCGACAAACGAAUUGUUCAUCGUUUACAAAAUAAACUGGGUAAAGCGUUCUACCAGGAGGUUUCAGGGAAAUUUCCUAUCCCAACGUCAUUUUCGAACAAUAAUCUUGUAGAUACUGUCCGACGGCAACUACAUACAUCUUUGUUCGUAAUUCGAGGCAAUGGGACAACCGAUAGUCUCAUAAUUGGGGAUGAUCUUUUCUCUUCAUUCGAGCUAAAGGAGAAUGUAAUAUCAGUUUAUGAAAAAAUCUGUUCAGAAUGGCCAGGUGGUGGCAUGGCAAAUAUCCGUUCUAUUUACAUUCAAAGCUCAGGUAUCUCCAUUCCUUUGUACUACGAUGAAACAGAAGCACCUUUAACUACAAUAAGUGAAAAAUUAUCGAGUCUUCCUAAAGCUGUUCACCGAAGAUCUCAUACACUUAUUAAGAAACUAAAAAACACAGAGGAUGGUGCGCCAAUCGUUAGUCAACCUAAAAAGUCUCAAAAAUCACUUAAAAGAUUACCGAAAGAACUCGUUUCACAAAUUGCAGAUGAUCUUCCUUUGACAUCAGAUGAAGUCGACAAAAUUUUACGCAAACGAAACUUCAACGAUAGUAGCAUCACCCAAAUGAAGUUAAAACGAAAUAAAAGGAUUUCCCGUCAUAAAUUUGUAAAAAUAUAGUUCAUUCUUGUCAACGUUGCUUUUUCUGUCAGUACAGUUUCUACAAUAAAUUAGUAGAACAGACAUUUACGUUUUUGUAAGGUAAUCUCGUCGCACAUUUGUAAAAAUCAGUUGUUUGAUAACACAAGGGUCCCGGGACUUGCACGUGUUCACAUUUUGCAUAAGAUACGUAACAAAAACUCACAGAUAUUUGCAUUUGUUUUUAUGAACUGGUUGACUGAUAAAUCUCCGCUUAGCUAUUAAAAAGUAAUUUAUGUUAUUUGUUGCACUUAUUAUAAUCACCAAAUGUUAGUUCCUGGUUUGUAUUUAUCUUCAUAGGUAUUGGUAUCAGCCUACUUUAGAUGACAAUUAUUCAAUCGUACUUGUAUAUUUUACAUACCUUUGAUGAGGUGACCGGUAGUAAACGUGUAGUAGCUUCGCUCUGUAC